AAUAAGCGGCAAAAAUAUAAUAUCUGAAUUUUUACGUGCUGGAGAGGCUUGAUUAGGGCUUUGUUUCUGUAGCUUACUUGGAACUUUACCUUAGCCAACGAACCUUUUUUGUUGUUUAUCUCACAUACAACACGAAGAAGCAAGAUGAGACAAAGAGACGUUUAAACCAAUUAAUUACUUCCAGCGACGCUAAUGUCUGAAAAAUGAUCCUCACCAGCUCAACUAAGUGACUAACACUUGCUAAGAUGGUAAACAAAAGUUAAAUAUGAGUCUCGCGACUUUGGAAUUUAAAAAGAGAAUAUGGUUUUAUCGUACUGAUUAGCAUAUGGUUACGAUGGUCGUAACUCGUAAGUACCGAACCAAUUCUACAGUAAGUGGCAAGUCAUACAUGUCAAUAAAACGGUCGGGUAUAAACCGGAUUUGGGUAUAAAACGUAAUAGUAAAGUCUUACAUGAGCCCACCUCCUUUACGUUCGACCUUCACGUCGGUCUGUGGUUCACGCGUCAGACACGUGUGGUGUCCCCACCACGUCUCACUUGCCGACUUGCCUUGGCAAACAGUAACCUUUGUAACACAUUUUGUCUACCACAAGUUUUAUUCCUUAAGUUCAACUCACCGGCAUUAUUUAAACACACAGAGAGAAAGCAAUAUAGAGAACCUUAACAACGAAAAUAAACACAUGGCCGGAAAAUUAAUGACUUUGCAAGUUUUCCACUUGCUAAGCAUAUCUUUAGUCAUCUUCUUUGUAUUCUCUGUGAAUGUUGUCAGUGAGGAGGAUUACCAGAGAGCGGUGCCUCCGGAAGAUAAAACGACUACGGUUUGGUUCUCUAGGAUCAAACAGUCUGGUAAUGAUUACUGGGGGAAACUCAAAGAGAGUUUAGGUCGUGGUCACGCCCGCUUUUUUCCUCCAAACAUAGAUUUGUGUAGAGGAAAGGAUGAUCCAUCAAUGGGAGCAGGAGGAAAGAUGAAAGAGGCGGUCACAAGGAGCUUCGAGCACAGUAAAGAUUCGGUGGAGGAAGCUGCCAGAUCAGCAGCGGAGGUGGCGUGUGAUGCGGCGGAAGCAGUUAAAGAAAAGGUGAAGAGGAGCUUUUCCGGCAGCGAGACGACUCAGCAGCAGUCAUAUGGUACUGAGGAGCUCUAAAUACCUCGUUAUGUUCGAUUGAAACGACAUAGUUUCGGAAGAGAAUCGCAACAUAUCAUUGGUUGUUUGAUUUCUAAGUCAACUUGCGUGCUUUUUUCUAUAUAGUAUAGACAACGAUCACGUCACGUGAGGGAUUUGAGAUCUCAUAUCUCAUAUUCAAGUAUUAGAGUUAUGGUUCUGGCCUUAACCAUUGUGACUCGCAAAUAUCUUCUUUUCUUUUUCUUUUUGCCAACUAGCGCAAAAUAUCUACUUGUGAGUUGUCACCCAACAUAUCCAUCUAAAUUCUAAAACAAUAAAGGUGUGAGAAUCGUUAUAU